CUCCGUCUCGGCGUUUCCCUCUCUCUCUGCAUUCAGCUUUCUUGCAUAACUCAGGCUAAGUGUGGUUAUCCCCAUCGACGAUCUUGUUGCAGACAUGGCCAACAACACGAAGCUCUACGUAAUCUACUACUCCUUGUACAGUCACGUGGGGAUCAUGGCACGGGAAGUCCAUCGAGGAGCUAAUAGUGUUCAAGGUGUGGAAGCCAUGCUCUGGCAGGUACCUGAAACGCUCCCGGAGCGGGUAUUGGAGAAGAUGAAGGCCCCACCAAAAGCAGAGGAUGUGCCAGUGAUAAGCCCCGAACAACUUGUCGACGCCGACGGUUUUCUUUUUGGAUUUCCAUCUCGUUUUGGGAUGAUGGCGGCCCAGUUCCAAGCUUUCUUUGAUGGCACCCAUGAGCUUGGCGAUUCUCAGGCCCUCGCUGGCAAACCUGCUGGCAUCUUCUGGAGCACCGGUUUCCAUGGAGGUGGCCAGGAGAAUACUGCAUUAACCGCAAUAACACAGUUGUCACAUCUCGGUAUACUUUUCGUCCCUAUUGGGUACACUUUUGGAAGUGGCAUGUUUGAGAUGAAUGAAUGGAAGGGUGGCUCUUCAUACGGUGCUGGGACUUAUGCAGGAGAUGGAUCUCGACAGCCCACAGAACUAGAGCUCCAACAAGCAUUUUACCAGGGUAAGUAUGUUGCUGAAAUAGCAAAAAAGCUCAAAGAUAAUACCCCUAUGGUGUGACAAUACCGUAUAUUAAAGAUGAAGUUUGUAGAAUGUUACAACAAUGUAAUUAUUUUAUUCCUUUUUCUUUUUCUGAUACUAAAAUGUAAAUAUAUUAUUCCUCAAAAGAAGAGGGUGAGAAGGUUACAUCUUCAUGAUACUAUUGGUUCUUAUGAAUGAGUUGGUUUCAUGCUUGUUGGAAUGCAAA